AAACAUUACAGCAAACCAAACUAUUUGACUAAAGAUGAAAACAACACCUCUCCCGAGGCUGCAUUAUUUAGUAAGUCUUCUUUGUUUUUUUCUUUCUUCCAAGAUUAAAGAAGACAGACCCAAUUAUGUAAGGGCAGUCUCUCCUAUAAACCUAACUAGUUCAUUGGAAAAAACAAGAGAGAAAAAAAAACGAUUACUGCUGAGAUCUACCAUUUCUAAACCUCAACCCAUGAAUCCUUCUAACAAUCCUAAAAAGACAAGGCACCAGAGUCAUAUGCCUCAAGAAAGAGAUGAAACGAAGAAGGAGAAGAAGCUUCUCCACCGCAACAUCGAACGACAAAGAAGACAAGAAAUGGCGAUCCUUUUCGCCUCUCUUCGUAGUCAGCUACCUCUAAAAUACAUCAAGGGAAAGAGAGCCAUGUCAGAUCAUGUAAACGGAGCAGUAAGUUUCAUCAAAGACACGCAAACAAGGAUAAAAGAUCUCUCCGCAAGAAGAGACGAGCUAAAGCGAGAGAUUGGUGACCCUACUAGUCUAACUGGAUCCGGAUCCGGAUCUGGAUCAAGUAGAUCGGAACCAGCUAGUGUCAUGGUGCAACCGUGUGUGAGCGGCUUCGAGGUGGUUGUGAGCAGCUUAGCAUCAGGUCUCGAGGCUUGGCCACUCUCAAGAGUUCUUGAAGUUCUUCACGGGCAAGGACUUGAAGUCAUCAGCUCUUUAACAGCACGAGUCAACGAGAGGCUCAUGUACACUAUACAAGUCGAGGUACGGUUACAUAUUUGGAGUUAUUGUAGAGUUUUUUAGUGUAAGCUUAUCUAUUGUGUAAAUAUGCUUAUUCUUAUGUAUCCAUAUAUAUGAUAUAUCCACAGGUAAAUAGCUUUGAUUGCUUCGACUUAGCUUGGUUGCAGCAGAAGCUAAUUGAGCAGUUAGUACUUUCCACGACUAGGCACUGAAAAAACUAACAUUUGUCAUAAGAAUAUGUUCAUUGAAUGAUGCUUUUGUCCCAAUCUCUUUGUUUUAGUGUCCGUAAGGGUGUGUUCUUUUGGUCCUUCACUACUUGGAGUGAUUUUUUUUUUUUUUUUUGUAAAAAUGAUCUGGUUGAUUAGAUUGAAUUAGCAAAUUCUAAACUUUCAUGCAUGCUUCUUUAUAUAGGAGAAUCUUUUGAUCACCAACAAAACAAAAAUAUAGUGAUGCGCCUGAUUUCUUUAUACAUUUUUGAAUAUAUAUAUUCAUCAAUCGAUGAUAAAGACUAGAGUCUCAUCGGUGUCUUUUUAUACUUCAUAUGCAUGAACCAUAGUUGAUAGAUAUUUUGAACAUAGCAUACAUACACUUCUCUGAGACUUACCAAUGAAGAUAUUUUAUGAGAGGAGCAUGGUAAUGCAGGUUAAAUAAUGGAGCAGCUGCCAUUCAACAUUAGUAGAUAUCUUGUGAGUUUUACUGACUAAAUUCGUACGACAUUGACCUAUAGCUAGGAACAAACACUGAUCAAAAGAAACUUUCAUUUGAUUAACCCGCAUAUAUAUUAGUAGAUAAUAUGGCAUGCACAUAAUUUGAUUUGACUCACGGUUUUCAAGUUUUCUAAUCAUGCCAUAUUUUGUUCAUAAAUGAAAUUACAUGACAUUACUGAAAUAUAUGGAAAGGAAUACUGAAAACGUUUUUUUGGGUUAAGAAGAAGAAGAAAGUACAUUCAAAUAUUCAUCUAUAUUUUAUAGUGACGUAUAUAUAACUCUAGGUUUCUUUUGCCUCUUCGGCCUCAACCAGAAGCACUGAAGCACUGAAGCACAUAAACAGUAUCGCAUAACUUCGGUCAUAUAUAUUUUGCCGUUGAAUAAUUUUUCUUAGAUUUAUGUAAAAUUAUGGCUUAAAUACAUCUUAAUUAUAUAAAAAUUAGCGAGGAUGGCAGUCGAAUGUUAAAGCAAUAAAGAUACGAUUGAGUGGUUGAGAUCUCCCUAAUAUACUUUUGAUUUAAUUAUUGUU